GUACGGUCAGGUAAUAACAACAUAUAUAAUUAAAUGUCUAUACGAGACUUUACCGCCAGUAGCCGCGGAAGCUCUGGGGUCAUUGAAAGACAUUAACAUUGCAAGAUAGGAAGGAGUGGGGUUAACAUAACAUGGUAAGAUUAUGGGGACAACGAAAAACUGUGGCGACCUUGUCCCCAGGCUUCCGCGCCCACUGUCUACCGCCAUAAUAUAUUAAAAAUAGUAGUACAUUCAUUAUCACCGUGUUAAAAAUCGUAUAUAACCCAGGAGCACAAAGUAUUAACAGUGCGGUACGGAAUUUUGUAACGCUUGGCACUAAAUUAUUACCAUAGUGGAAAAGUCAUGUACUUUGAUGUUAAUAUUAAUUUACAAUUUCCAGUGUAUAUCUCAAUAAUGGCGCAAAGCACAACUUCUCCGGGAAUUGUUACUUUCAACUUUUUUACUUUUUCUUAUAAUUCAACAAUCACUGGGAUAUCGGCAGCAUGGAGAAGUCUGUAAACCUCCGACCUAUCCCGAGAUCAAGCACCAGGACUGUGACCCGUUCUCCUUUCUAACUUGUCAGAAUGGGUUCUGCGCAUGUCACAAUAAUCGAACAGACGCCAAAUACGAUAAAACCAGUGGGAAAUGUGUAAUUCCCAUAGGGGCAAGAUGCCACCCGCAAUAUUCCCACACGAAAACUAAAGGUUGUGCGGCAGGGAGGUGUGACUGGUUUACGGAAACGUGUACCUGUUCCCGGGGUCAAGUUGGGUCACCCGAUGGGAUGUCCUGUUCCAAGUUAAUUGACGAAAAUUGCGGGACAGAUGCAGAAUGUGGAUUUCCAAAAACGCUGCUGAAAUGUCUAUCUGGAAAAUGCUCGUGUCGCACCAGUUUUGGCCAUUAUUUUGACGAAGAGGCGGCAAUUUGUCGGGUUCAUAUUGGAGUCACGUGUCAUCCCGGAAGUAAACUGACGUGUGAACAAGAAGCGGAAUGUGUCCCGAUACCAAUUCCGAGACUUGGGAAGAAGUCUUGGUGCCAGUGUAAUGCCAAUUAUCCGACGGCAACACAGCUGUCGCAAGAGAUAUUUUUUGAUUCUUUCCAUUAUGGGUUGGCGCCUUGUGUGAGGGUUCUGCAGUUUGGGGAAGAUUGUUCUCGAGUGGAUUAUAAAUCUUUGCCUCCGAUUUCAAAAAUCCGGACGAUUUGUGAUGACGUGGCACAACUUGAGUGUCUCCAAGGGAAAUGUGCGUGUCGAUUAGUGGGACAGAAAUAUGAUGUGGUAAAGAAAUCCUGUGUUUCUGGCCUGGAUGGAGACUGUUUUAUUCCCAAGGCAGCGUACAACGAGUCCGGAAUAACGUCUGGAAGUCAGACGACGUAUCUUGGAAGUCCGUGUGCGACUGGGCUGAAAUGCGUGAUCACAAUGGAAGAUUACUUUGGAUGGAGGGGGAUUUGCGAUUUAAUUUAAAGAGAUUAUAGAGAACUUUAAGUUUCCGGAAAGUGUAUCUUGAUAAAAAAUAAAUAAACCGUAGUAACGU